AUGUCAAUAUCAUUUUCCGGCGGGACUCAGGACGAAGAUCGUUGGGGAUCCGAUUUAGCUUCCGCCGGAGAAUUCACCUCAAGCUCUCCAUCGUUACCAAUUACCGCACCAUACUCACCUUCCUCCUUUGGCGAAGAGCUCGUAGAAGUAACAAUCGAAUUCCCAAGCGGCGUAUUACUAAACAUCGACUCCGUCACCACCACCGAUCCAGAGAUCACCUCUUGCUCUGCUUCUAAUAACUCAGGCUCAAGGUCUCGUAGCUUAGGGUGGAGCGCGUCGUCUAGUCAUCGGAUCUCCGAGCUUACGGUGGAGAAAGCGAAAAAGUUCUCGAGAGAUUUGAAACAGAAGCUUCAUAAGAUCUCGUUAGGCUAUUCGUCUCGGUCUGCGCCAGAGCCGGUUGUUCCUAAUGUAUCUGAAGUUACAGAUCAUGCUCUGCUUUGUCGAUCUUUAACACAACGAUUCACCAAUAGGAUUGGAUUGUGUACACAGAGAGCGAUUCAUGGUUUGAAAUUCAUAAGCAGUAAAGAUAAUGGAAUCGCGAAUUGGAGACAAGUUCAGGACAAUUUCGUUAAUCUUUCCAAAGAUGGUUAUAUUUCUCGAAGUGAUUUCGCUGAUUGCAUAGGGAUGGAGAAUGAGAAUUCGAAAGAGUUCGCAGAGGAGUUGUUCGACGCAAUGUGUAGGAGAAGGAGAUUAAUUGUUGACAAGAUCAAUCUUCAAGAACUAUAUGAGUUUUGGUAUCAGAUUACAGACGAAAGCUUCGAUUCUCGCCUACAAAUCUUCUUCAACAUGGUGAAAAAUGGAGAUGGUAGAAUCACAGAGAACGAAGUAAAAGAGAUCAUUAUACUAAGUGCAUCAGCAAAUAAUCUAUCAAGGUUGAGACAACGAGCUGAAGAGUAUGCAGCACUAAUCAUGGAAGAACUGUCCCCUGAUGGGCUUCACUCUCAGUACAUAGAGUUAAAGGACUUAGAGAUGCUACUACUAGAGAAGGACAUAUCUCAUAGUAACAGCCAACCGUUCAGCCAGACAAGCCGAGCAUUAAGCCAAAAUCUAAAGGAUACAAGAUGGGGAAUAAGCAGGAGCUUGCUUUACUCUUUGCAAGACAAUUGGAAAAGGAUUUGGGUUUUGACAUUGUGGUUAGUGAUCAUGGCCUGGUUGUUUAUGUGGAAAUGUGUUCAGUACAAACGCAAAGACGCAUUUCAUGUAAUGGGUUACUGCCUUGUCGUGGCAAAAGGUGCAGCUGAGACUUUGAAAUUCAACAUGGCUCUUAUACUUUUGCCGGUCUGCAGAAACACCAUCACCUAUCUCAGAUCCACCACUAUGUCCUAUGCACUUCCUUUUGAUGACUGCAUCAAUUUUCACAAGACCAUCUCUAUAGCAAUCAUUAUGGCAAUGCUUCUCCAUUCAUGCAGCCACCUUGCCUGUGAUUUCCCGAGGAUUCUAACAUCUACUGAAGCUGAUUACAAAAGAUACUUGGUUCAUUACUUUGGUGUGACCAAACCUACAUACUUUGACUUGGUGAACACUCCUGUGGGAAUCACUGGGUUCAUAAUGGUUACUUUUAUGCUAAUCGCAUUCACAUUAGCCAGUCGAAGAUGCAGACGGAACCUUACUAAGUUGCCGAAACCAUUUGACAAAUUAACCGGAUAUAAUGCCUUUUGGUAUUCACAUCACUUGCUUCUAAUGGUUUAUGUCCUUCUAGUUAUCCACGGUGUUUCCCUCUAUCUUGAGCAUAAAUGGUACCGCAAAACGAUAUGGAUUUAUCUUUCUGUGCCAGUUUUACUCUAUGUUGGGGAAAGGAUACUUAGAUUCUUUCGUUCAAGGCUUUACACUGUUGACAUUUGCAAGGUUGUAAUUUAUCCGGGAAACGUUAUUGUGCUACGCAUGUCUAAGCCUACAUCAUUUGAUUACAAGAGUGGACAGUACAUAUUUGUUCAGUGUCCUGCAGUAUCAAAAUUUGAGUGGCAUCCAUUUUCUAUUACUUCUUCCCCUGGAGAUGAUUAUCUCAGCAUCCACAUUCGUCAGCUGGGUGAUUGGACUGAAGGUAUUAAAAAGGCCUUCUCAGUGGUAUGUCAAGCUCCUGAAGCUGGAAAAAGCGGACUUCUCAGAGCAGAUGGACCAAUCCAAAGAAGUUUGCCAGAGCUGUUGAUAGAUGGACCUUAUGGCGCUCCAGCGCAAGACCAUUGGAAGUACGACGUGGUAUUACUCGUUGGCCUUGGAAUCGGCGCAACACCUUUCAUUAGCAUUCUGAGAGAUCUACUCAACAACAUUGUUAAGCAACAUGAACAAGCUGAAUGCAUAUCAGGUAGUUGUAGUAACAGCAACAUCUCCUCGGAUCACAGUUCAAGUUGCUUAAACUCGGAAUCUCGAAAUAGAAGUCCUCAAAACCAAAGGAAGACACUGAUGACCAAGAACGCCUACUUUUACUGGGUAACACGAGAACAAGGCUCGUUCGAUUGGUUCAAAGAAAUCAUGAACGAAAUUGCUGAUUUAGAUAUAAAGGGUGUUAUUGAGAUGCACAACUACUUGACUAGUGUGUACGAAGAAGGAGAUACUCGUUCCACUCUUCUCACCAUGAUCCAAACUCUAAACCAUGCUAAAAAUGGCGUAGACAUUUUCUCUGGAACCAAGGUACGGACACAUUUUGGAAGGCCAAAGUGGAAGAAGGUUUUAUCAAAGAUUAGCUCCAAACAUAGGAAUGCAAGAAUUGGAGUGUUCUAUUGUGGAGUACCGAGUUUGGGAAAGGAACUUUCAACACUCUGCCAUGAAUUUAACCAGACGGGUUGUUCCAGGUUCGAGUUCCACAAAGAACAGUUUUAAAGGUAUAUAUGUACAAUGGUUCGUCGUUCAUGUUUUUGUUUCAUAUCCUUGUUGUUUUUUAACCUUUGGUGUAUCACACUUUUAAC